CGAGGUUUAAGUAUCCAGGAUGCAACAAAAGACAACAGUAUAUUUGUUGAUCAUUUGUUUUUGAUCAUUGUUUGUUAUUCAUUUUCUUCGCACUACUCUGUAACAGAACCAAAAAUUCUUUGGAACACUAAUUCUUUGGAAACGCCGCACGAGAACCAUAGAAUCCAUCAAAGAACCUCUACAUUACCUUUCAAUUUUUUUGACUCGAAACAUCAAGAUUACCAACGUGUAGUCGAUUUAAACGAUUUUUAUUUCACCAUAAUCGAUCCUCAAGCUUGCAACGCCACUGUCUUCCUGCUGGUGCUGGUAUCUUCCGCUCCUGACCACCUGCACCAUAGAAACAUCAUCCGCACCACGUGGGGUCAGCAAAGGACGGAAUUGAAGAUUUUAUUUAUUUUGGGUCGAGUUCACGACAGUAACCUCCAGAAAGACAUAGAAAAAGAAAGCUAAGUUUACAGAGACGUCAUUCAGGGGAAUUUCCUGGAUGCUUAUCGGAAUUUGACGUAUAAAACCAUGACUGCCUUAAAGUUUGUGCUGUAUCACUGU